AUGCGAAUCUAUUUCACAUUAUUAUUAUUAAUAACAAUUUGUUUGAUUUUGAAAGUGAAAACCAAACCCAUUGUGAACGGUUUUUCUAAACCCAUUGAACCCAAUUUGGGUCAAUUUCCGUUCCAUGCUAGUUUAAUGGAACGCAGGGAUGACGGGAAAUCUUACCAUAGUUUCUGUGGGGGUAGUUUAAUCCACCCUAGAUGGAUUCUAACGGCGGCACACUGUAUCCAGUUGGAUGAAGACUAUCCGAAACUUAAACCAAGUGACGCUUUUGUGGCUUUGGGGAGCGUCUACAGAAGCGGUAAGCAAGCCCAGAUUUUGAGGGUUGAAAGGGUGAUAAUCCACCCCUUGUAUUUGAGUACAGGAGGUAGGCACGACAUUGGUUUACUAAAGCUGAAAACGUCGGCACAAUUAGGACCUAACGUCAAGCUUAUUCAGUUGCAUACCAACAACAAAGAAUCGCUUUUGAAUCAAACCGCUUAUCUUACAGGAUUUGGGAUUAUUAAUGAUUUCUACCAAACCCCCCAAAGACUGCGAAAAGCCGUCUUACACAUAAGCAACUACGACAAAUGCUUCAGUGAGGCGCAGUUCAAGACCAGUGAAAUUUGCGCAGCGUCGAAAAUUUCCGAGGGAAAAGCCUGUAAAGGGGACAGCGGGGGGCCACUAUUCAUCACGAAAAAUGGUAAAUACAUCCAAGUUGGCAUUACAAGUCACCUGGCGCUCCUACCAAUAUGCCGAGUGGCCUUUAAUAAUUCCGUUUAUACUCGAGUGUCUGCCUACAUUUCUUGGAUAUCUCGAGUCACUGGCAUAAAUUUUACACGCUACAAUAAAAAUUAAUAAAAUAUUCGACUAAAGUAAA